AAGUUGGAGAGAAUCUCUGUUGGGUGUGCUUUUCAUGAUUUACUUAUGCGCCUCUUAUUGCCUCAAAACUCCACAAAUUUAAAUAACUAAAGAAAUAAUUAAGACACAAGUACUUGCCAGGAAUCUCGUUCUAAAAUUAAGGAGAGCUGCAUUAAAUUAGUGCGAUUCUUUUUGUUCAAUAUUUCGUGUACUUUAUUGACAAUGCAGCAUAAGACAGAUGAAGUGUCAAUAGCGUAGGUACUCGUACAGUUGUAAUGUAUUAGGGAAUUUUACUAUUAUAAUUGGUAACGGAACCUACCGUACCGGGAGAACUUCAUGUAUAUAUGUAUGUAAAAAUGACAGUGCACAAUAAAUGUAAUUAUGUUGAAUUAUAUUUUCGUAUUUUACAAGUAUCGUACAUAACAAGUGGUGUCAGAAGUGGAAUUACAACUCGUGUUUUGUGAUUGCUACCACAGUGUCUGUAAUUGCAAUUUUGGUUAUCAAAAAUACACCAGGUGCCAACUAUCGUGAUCGUCUCGUCUAAUGAUAUCGGCGUAAUCAUUCCGUUGCACGUGUGUAGUGACCUUUUGCCUCUAAGCCUUUUGCUCUUUCGCGCAAUUCAUUAUAGCAUUGAUUAUACACGUGUAUAAUCAAUGAUUAUAGUAAUCAAGGACUCGAUUUAUCAACCUAACGUACAGGAUACUUCAAACAAUCGAUAUGGCAAACGUACCUCCGGAAUUAUUGCAAUCAUUCGCGCAAUUAAUUGCAACCGCUCUGCGGGAAAAUGCUGGUGGAAACCCAAACGUCCAGGCGGAGGCCACAGUUUCCCACUCAAAACCACCGGGAUUUUCUAUGUCGGAAUAUCGUACGACAGAUGGUACAACGGUACAGGACUAUUUCAAGAGAUUUGAUUGGGCACUCGAACUAAGUAAGGUACGUGAAGAUCAAUUCGCAAUGUAUGCUCGUGUUCACAUGGGUUCUGAGCUAAAUAAUGCACUCAAAUUUCUUGUUAGCCCAGCAGAACCUGAAACUGUGUCAUAUAAUGAUUUAAAACAAACACUGAUAAAUCAUUUUGAUCGUGCAACAAAUAAAUAUGUAGAGAGCAUACGUUUCCGGAAUAUUGUUCAGCAAAAAGGUGAAUCAUUAACCAAUUUUGUCCUUCGCUUAAAACAAGGAGCUGCCAAAUGUGAAUAUGCAGCAUUUCUUGACCGCAUGCUAAUCGAACAACUACUUAAUGGGCUGGAAUGUCGGGAAAUGUGUGAUGAAAUCAUAUCAAAGAACCCGGAAUCAUUUAAGAAAGCAUAUGAAAUCGCACACACAUUGGAGGCUACACGUAAUUCGUCAAAUAAUGUGAGGACAGCACACCCAUCGGCAACUGUGGAAAGUACAAACAAGCUAGGGUACGCGCCACCAAAGAACAAGCACAAGAAGUCUCAAUUUCAUAAGCGAUCGUCAUCACGUGGUCAAAUGCAAGACCUCAAGGGUUCUCAAGGAAUCGGCCAAAACAGUAAUGAUGUUCAAUCAUCAUGCAAUGGGUGCGGUGGUCAACAUGCACGUGUCAAAUGUCCUUUUCGAGAUGCCUCGUGCCACACUUGUAACAAGAGAGGUCACAUCUCAAAGGUAUGUAGAAAAAAGUCAUCUGCUCAGAGUACCACUAACCAAGUAAUUGAAGCGCCUCAACCGGCCAAUUAUAUCGAUAUUCUCCAUCAAUUUAACACAAUUAAUGAGAUAAAUGGAAUGUCUAAGCAGAUGAUCAACGUAAACAUUGAUGGUCAUGAUAUUAAAAUGGAAUUGGAUACAGGGGCACCUUGUGCCAUUAUGAGCAAACAAUGUUUAGAUUCAAUUAAUCCUAACUUACCAUUAAAGAAAUCUGACCGCCAGUUCAGCAGCUAUACAAAACAUAGUAUUAAUUGUAUUGGUAUAACAUCUGUCCGAGUUACAGUUGGCAAAACGUCAAGAACUUUGGAUCUUUAUGUUGUGGAGGAGAAUUAUGACUCUCUUUUUGGACGAGAAUGGAUAAGGGCUUUUGUUAACGAAAUCAACUUUAUUCAACUAUUCUCUUCACGUGAUCAACUCCAUACAAUUUCUUCAAAGGUGCCACAACUUUCUCGAGAGCAGCAGCAACAAAUUAGUAACUUGCUAUCACAAUAUGAUGACAUAUUCAGCAACACGGCAGGGAAACUAAGCGGACCACCAGCUCAAGUACACCUUAAGGCAGAUGCAGCACCGGUUUUUGUUCGCGCCCGAGAGAUACCUUUGGCCUUACGUUCCAUAUAUGCUAAGGAGAUCGAUGACAAGAUAGCAGCUGGAUUCUUCGAAAGGGUCGAUUAUUCAGAGUGGGCUUCGCCAACUCAUGUAGUAGUGAAGAAAAAUGGUAACAUUCGCAUCACUGGGAAUUAUAAGCCAACCGUAAAUCCACGGAUGAUCAUUGACGAGCACCCCAUCCCGAAAGCGGAACACAUUUUUGCUCGGAUGAAGCAUUCCAAACUUUUCUGUCAUCUGGACAUCACUGAUGCCUAUACACACUUAGCAGUUGAUGACAAAUUUCGCGAAGUAUUGACGUUGAAUACACCAACCCAUGGUUUGAUUCGUCCGACCAGAGCUAUCUAUGGAGCAGCGAACAUCCCAGCCAUAUGGCAACGUCGGAUGGAAACGGUUUUGAAGGACCUUCUCAAUGUCGUAAACUUCUUUGAUGACAUCCUUGUCUUUGCCGAAAGUUUUGAACAACUGCUGAGAACACUUCAAGCCACCCUGGACCGAAUGCGCCAACAUGGGUUACGCCUCAACCGAUCAAAAUGUGUCUUCGCCACAAACUCAGUAGAAUUCUUAGGACACAAAAUCGAUGAACGAGGUAUUCACAAAUCUGACAGCCAUAUUCGAGCAAUACGAGACGCACCAAAACCGUCAACGCCAGAGGAAUUAGAAUUGUUCAUUGUAACAACGACCCACAAAUCAACACAUGCUGUGUCAUCAAUCGUACUGGAGAGAGAGGAAGAAGAAGACGGGUUUGACAACUUCACCCUAAAUCAAAUUAAACAAUUACCUGUUCGAGCUAAAGACAUAUCUAGGGAAUCGCGGAAGGAUGAUCAUUUGGGGAAAAUAGUACAAUUGUUGGAGAGGGGACGAAAUCUUGGUCGCUAUGGAUACAAGGCCCCCGAAAAGAACUACACCCUCUCUGGUGGAUGUUUGCUGUUUGAACACCGAGUUGUCAUUCCGCCAAUCUUCCGUCAACCUAUCUUAAACGAUCUACAUGCUGCACAUGUCGGCAUUGUAAAAAUGAAAGGAAUUGCUCGAUCCUUUGUGUACUGGCCUGGGAUCGAUGGAGAAAUUGAGCAGGUCGCAAAAUCUUGCAAUGAAUGUGCAAAACAUGCACACGUACCUCCAAGAUUUCGAGAACACCAUUGGGAGUACCCGAAAGGGCCUUGGGAGCGCGUGCAUAUUGAUUAUGCUGGGCCAGUAGCCGGCAUGAUGUUACUAAUUUUAGUAGACGCAUAUAGCAAGUGGGUUGAAGUAAAAGUAACAGCGUCGACUACAGCCUCAUCAACUAUAACCAUCCUCGACGAAUUAUUUGCAACAUACGGCGCACCAGUCACCAUUGUUUCGGACAAUGGUCCUCAGUUUACAUCUGAAGAGUUCAAACAAUUUCUCCAGUGGAGUGGAGUGAAAUAUCACAAGUUGUCAGCUCCGUAUCACCCAUCAACGAACGGUCAAGCAGAGCGCUUCGUACAAAGCGUGAAAGAUGCUCUUAAAGCAAUGGGCACUAACCGAGAUACGUUGAAAUCAAACCUUAAUGAAUUUCUACGCCAGUACAGAAAAGCCCCAAACGCUACCACAGGACAACAACCCUCUCUUCUUUUCCUUGGUCGUGUCAUACGUUCGCGACUAGACUUGGUGAGACCCGAAGAUACGUAUACCAGAAUGACGGAAAGAAACCGUAACUCGUUUAAUCCAUCAUUUCGCGAGUUUCAACCAAAUCACCUGGUUUACUUCUUAUCUGGAAAUCCACGACUGGAUAAAUGGUUACCUGGACGUAUUAUAACACGCCUAGGUGAUCUGCAUUACGAGAUCGACUUUGAAGGUAAACGCUUUAAACGUCAUAUUGAUCAAAUCCGGUCAUGCCAACAAACUACUAGUCAAAGUUCUAACCAAUCUAUGACGACAUCUUCAAGUGAUAAUUCUUCAGCACAGAGACGAGUUCAUUUCUAUAAUAAACCUGAACUGGUUCCUGAAAGAGCUGCAGAAUUACCCGAAGCACAAGCUGUUGCGAUUCCGCCAGGAUCACCAGCUGUACCUCAACGACAGGAGUUCCAGGCCGCGACUCUACCCCAGACUGAACGAAGGUCCACGCGGAUUCGGCAUGCACCCCGACGAUACUCUCCUGAUUAAGAAAACAAAGGAGGGAAGAAUUGUAAUGUAUUAGGGAAUUUUACUAUUAUAAUUGGUAACGGAACCUACCGUACCGGGAGAACUUCAUGUAUAUAUGUAUGUAAAAAUGACAGUGCACAAUAAAUGUAAUUAUGUUGAA